AUGCAGUCGAGGUGGAGAAGGCUCGAGUACGGAGAUGGGCCGGCGGCCUUCCCCAGGGAACCCACUCCGUUGGCUGCCCUUCAUGUACCCGGAGGCUCGGAUGUCCUCUUGACGGUGGGAGGCUCUUCCUCGUCGACGUCCCGCGUGAAGGAGGGCCAAGCCCUUGCAGCCCAAGAUUUCGAAGAGCUGCUUGUAGGCGGAGGUGAGGUCGCGACCGACUGUUGGUCUGCACCGCUCUCUGGGGGCGGUUUUGAGCGAUCGGUUCUCGCCUUCCCUCCGAAGCCGCGGUUUGGCUACAGCCUGACGCCUCUGGAUCAGGGCGGGGGUCGACUCCUCCUCUUCGGUGGCCAUACCGGCCGUCCAGGAUCUGGCCGGUGUUUGUCAGACCUCCAUGUGAUCGAGCUUCCAGAGAAGAGUGCUCCUUCUAAAGACGUGGAGAGGAGACCGGACUCUGAUUCCGGCACAGAGAGCGAGGAGGAGGACAUCUUCUUUGCCUCCAACUAUCGUGCGGCCUGCGGGUCUGCCGUCGCUGCGGCGACGCUGCUGUCGACGGAGGCUGGAGCAGCAGCGUCCAAACGUCGAGGAUUUGAAGCCGAGUCCUCUGACGAUGAGAACGAUGAGACGGCCAGGAGUGCGUUUCCGAAGCGCGCCCUGCCCUGCACCACGGAGGAUGUCCUGGCGAAGAUGGGUUCCACUCAGGUGACCAUGACACGCCGAACCGGGAAGUCCCAGGAGGCAGCGACCUCCUCCGAUCGGCCGGGAGGCACUUCGCCCUUCGAGGGGGCGCGGUGGCGGCAACCGCAGGCCUUGGAAACCACAGCGUCGCCAAGGCCGCGAGCAGGUCACAGCGCUGUGCUGCAGGUCCCCAUCGCCCCGGGAGAGACCCCAGCGGUGCUCAUCUACGGCGGCUUGGGCGACGGAGGGCUGCCUUUGAGCGAUGCCUUCGAGGUACGAAUCCUCGAAACCGAGGAUCAGUCCUUGGAAUUCGUUUGGAGCCUCUUGGAUGCCGGUGGAAAGGAGCAUUGUGAGACGGCCCCUUGGGAGCAGCAGAAAGCUCCCAGGCCGCGUACGUGCCAUUCUGCCGUGUUCUGGCCCUCCAGCUCCGAGCGUAGCAUGGUGGUCUUCGGUGGCCUUGGCAUGGGGCUCGAAGGGGAGCCGAAAGCCCUGGGAGACACCUGGAUGCUCAUGGUUGGCUCACCGACUCCUGGCCGUGGAUUGCCUCAGGUCCAGGCGACUGCCGGCUGGAAGCGGCCAAUGAUGACAGGUGGUGCACCGCCCUGCCGUUUCGGCCAUGGUGCGUGCCUGGUAAGUGUUGAUGGCUCCACUUCCCGAAUGUUGGUGGCUGGUGGCCUGGACGCCUCCGGCAGCCCUUUGGCAGACUGUUGGCUGCUGCACCUGAAGGAGCUACGCUGGGAGUGUGUCGCCGAUGGCACCACGCCUCUGGCCCGACCGCUGAGCACUUUGGCAGAGCAAGGUGAAACAGCUCCGAAAGAUUUGGGGCGAUGCCAUGCAGUGUGGUCCGUCUCGGAGAAGGCCGUGAUCAUUUGGAGUUGCCACGGCUUCUGGGCCUGGCAGGAGGCGGACCAGACGAAACUCCUUCUGCGCGGCGGCAAGAGCGAGAAGGCUCUCCAGCCAGUCUCCCCAAGAAAGAGGCCCUCCGGUGCUACUCCAGCUUUAGCCGACAAGCUCAUCAGUGAGGAGUGGAAGCGCGCCGGCGAUACGGAGCGCACGUUCAGUAAAGGUGGCCUUAGCUUCUUGGCCCCUGUGGCGGAGCCCAAAGCGAAGGCUUCUCGCGCGGAGGAGCCUGUGGAAACUGCACCCCGAGACUUACCGAGCGUCUUGCCGCCCCGACGCCGGCAACCAACGGGGACAGGUUGGAAGGACGGACCGGGCACAGAUGCCUCCGACACAGCCUUCCAGCAGUCUUGGCCACAGCAAAAGGCGAAACGCGCCGACUCGGAGAAGCGAGGCGUGGCUUCGGCGAUGGGCCGGGAGAGAAAGCAUUCCUCCUCGCACAAGCAGAUCCGGCCUUUGGGCCCCGUCCUACCCCCGGCGCGCCAGGAACGUGCCGCACAGGGCUGA